GCUGGAGGAGCGGCCCAUUCAGCGAUCGCGAGCAAUGCGAUUUAGAACUGCAAUCGGAUCGAAUCCCAAUCGCAGUUCCGUUGAUAACUCAACUCAGUCGUUCUCAAGUGUCGUGUGUGAUCGAAACUACAUCUGCGGCUAAAAUCUCAGCUGAAAAACAUUAAAAACUAAAAAAAAAACCAAGUGACAACCAGUUAAAAUGCAGUUACUAAAUUUAGUGUGCCUCAAGCAAAAGGUGGCACACAUCGCCAACAACAACAACCAAAGCAAAGAAUCCCACGAAAGAGAUCCGAAGGAUACAGGAAUCUUUGGUUGCUUUGCCAAGAAGGACGAGCAGCAGCAGCAUAAUCCAAAAAAGAAACAAUCGGCAGAACUCAGAGAGAGUUCCAGUUCGGGCAGCUAUAAAGUACAGGAAAAGGAGCAGGAACAACAGAGGGAAAUCGAGAGCGAGCAUCCAUCCGUUUACCGCCAGCAGGACGAGGAGUUUCAUCCGAUAAAAAAGGAGGAGCCCCAAAAAACCCCACCAAUAUCGAAGCAACCGCGUUCGCGAACCACACCGAGAUCGCAAAGUCAGCCGGCCAUAAACAACCGACGACAACGUCCAGGAACCCCGCCUCCACACACAAAAGCCGCUGGAAACGGAACCGGAAGCAGCAGGAGCAUGACCUCCAUACCCGCCAAUCUGUCUAGCAAUAAUGUGGCUGGAGCAGCAACCCUGCCAGGUGGCGCUGCCGUGCCGCCCGAGAAACAGCCGUGGCCCAACUCCAAGGACGAUUACGAGCUGAGGGAUGUCAUCGGUGUGGGCGCCACAGCCGUCGUUCAUGGCGCGUACUGUAUUCCCAGGAACGAGAAGUGCGCCAUCAAGCGCAUCAACCUGGAAAAGUGGAACACGUCGAUGGAUGAGCUGCUCAAGGAGAUUCAGGCCAUGUCCUCCUGCUUCCACGAGAACGUCGUCACCUAUCACACCUCGUUUGUGGUCAGGGAAGAGCUCUGGCUGGUCCUCCGACUCCUGGAGGGUGGCUCCCUGCUGGACAUUAUCAAGCACAAGAUGCGAACGUCCAAUUGCAAGCAGGGCGUCUUCGACGAGGCCACCAUAGCCACGGUGCUCAAGGAGGUGCUUAAAGGAUUGGAGUACUUCCAUUCCAACGGCCAGAUUCACCGCGAUAUCAAGGCGGGAAAUAUCCUAAUCGGCGAUGAUGGCACCAUUCAAAUUGCCGACUUUGGCGUGAGCGCUUGGCUGGCCACCGGCAGGGAUUUGUCCAGGCAGAAGGUGCGCCACACCUUUGUGGGCACACCCUGUUGGAUGGCGCCCGAGGUGAUGGAGCAGGAUCAUGGCUACGACUUCAAGGCGGACAUCUGGUCGUUUGGCAUAACGGCCAUUGAAAUGGCCACCGGAACGGCACCCUAUCACAAAUACCCGCCCAUGAAGGUGCUAAUGCUGACCCUACAGAAUGAUCCGCCCACUUUGGACACGGGUGCCGAUGAUAAGGAUCAGUACAAGGCCUACGGCAAGACAUUCCGCAAGAUGAUCGUCGAGUGUCUGCAAAAGGAGCCAUCGAAAAGGCCCACGGCCAGUGAGCUGCUGAAGCAUGCGUUCUUCAAGAAGGCCAAGGAUCGCAAGUAUCUCACCCAGACGCUGCUGCAAUCGGGACCCAGUAUGGAGACGAGGGUGCACAAGGCGGCGAAACGACAGCCGGGAGCCUCGGGUCGUUUGCAUCGCACGGUGACGGGCGAGUGGGUGUGGUCCAGCGAGGAGGAGGACAACGGUGGCUCUGCAUCCGGCUCGGGAUCUGGAGGUGGCCGAAAACAUCCCUCCUCCGAUUCGGAUUCCGAAGAUAGACCUAUAAAUAGGCUGGAAAGAGCCGACUCCUCGGACAGCGACCGGGAGGAACCGUCGCCCGAAAUAACGCAUAGUGUUUCCUCGGCAACAGUGACACCAGGAGCUCCAGCUCCAGCUGCCCAAGAGCUUACAGCUGGCCUGGCUCAGCUACAAAUAGCCAGCGACUCCGCCGGCGAGGCGCCACCAGUCAAUCUUGUCCUGCGCAUGCGGAAUCUACGCCGCGAACUCCACGACAUUCGCUUCGAGUUCGUGGUGGGCAAGGACACGGCCGAGGGCAUCGCCACGGAACUAGUGGACGCCGGUCUCGUCGAUGCCCUGGACACUCAGCCGAUGGCCCAGCAUCUGGACCAACUGAUAGCGGCCAGUGCCACGAUGAAAACGAUUACUUUCCAAUUGAGCUCCGGCGUGCAGCCGGGCGAGGUGCCCGACGAACGAUCGCUCGUUGGCUAUGCGCAGAUCUCCAUCACGGACUAGUGAUUCGAUCACAGUCAACCCUACCCAUCACAAGAGCAUCCCAAACAUCCCUGAUAAAAAGAAAAAGAAAACAAGCCAGUCUGAUGAUACGUAAGGCCAGGAGGUUCGGGAUUCGGGAUCUGGAUUCCCCAACUGGAGAGCCGUUGCCGUUUGCUGCUUUUAGCACUAGACUAGAACUAACUGUGUAUGCUAGUGAUAGAUCUUAACGCGAGCUGAUCGUUUACUAUAUAGAGAAAGUAUCUAUAAAACAUA